ACGACAGACAGACAACAAAACAAACCAUGGAGGAGCGCGCUGUUUUGGCCAAUAUUGCUUCUAUUAUUACUAAGGAUUUGCUGAUUGAUCAGCAGCCCAAAGGCGAUGGGCCAACAGAGAUUUCAUCGAAUAAUUACCCCCUUCUGGCGGCCAGUGAUGACGACGAGGCGGAGAUCUUUGCAUUAAUGCAGCAGAAACGUGGUUCGUCCUCAAAUCUCAAGCGCAGAGAGACAAUGGAACAAGCGAAGCCGCAUGCACCCCGUAAAAUUGCCAAAUUGCAGUGGACAUAUGGGGAUCUAAACCUCCUACACCGGUAUGUGGAGGCUCAAUUCGAAUCUUAUUUGCAUAUGCGCAAGCUAUCGUUUCUGAAAAUUCAACAAUCAUUGGGGGAGAUACUACAGGAAAUUAGCCUGCCCGGGUACCCGAGCCCUCCGCCUCAGACAGUGUUUUCGCUGGCCAUGUGGAAACUAGCCACCGACGAACACUUCGAAGAGAUUUCCAGGAAGUAUCAGCUGCCGUGGGCACUCUGCCAGCAGGUGGUGCGUAGCUUCUGGAAUGUUAUAUCCGACAACUAUGAGAGUUUCAUCAAAUGGCCCAACUCUCUGGCAGCACAACAGAACACGCUGCAGGGUUAUCAGAGCCUUCCGCAGCUCAAGUGCUUCAAAGAGCUGUUCGGCAUCAUUACGCUGAAGCGCCUGGAUGUCUUCCUGGAGUCGGAGCAUGCCGAGGUUCCAGUUGUCCUGCAACUCAUCUGCAAUGCCGAGAAAAAGAUCAUCGACUGCUAUGUGGAACUGGCCCACGAGUACACAUUCGAGGAUUCGCCGAUUGGCCAAACACUUGCGUUGAACCCAAGGACAAUGCCAGCCGGCAGCUACCUUAUUGGAAAUAGUGUCUUUCCACUCAAAUCGUAUUUGAUGCGACCCAUCGAGUCAGAAUGCUUUCGCAAGGAUGCAGUGUUCAACGAUCUGAUGAAGCCUGCUUUCCAGCUGGCCGAGAAGGUCCUCGACGCAUUGGCUCGUCGUUUCAACACUCUCUACGCCCUGGAGGCGCGAGAUCUCAACGAAGUCCGUCUCAUAGUGGAGAGCAUUUGUGCCAUGCACAAUCUCUGCGAGGAGUUCAGGGAUGAUUACUUGGAUCAGCUGUCGAUGUCUGAAGGACGGACAAAUUUUACCUGGGGCGGCAUAGUGGAUGACAUUAAAGGGAGUGAGAGUAACAAUCAAGGACUGCGAAGGCGUGUUGACCUCAUGGAUGAGUUAGUGGCCAUGGAGCCCUGAGAUUGAAAAUUCCAUAAUCUUAAGAAAUUAAUGUAAGGAUUAGGAUGGUGUUUUAUUUUAUGACUAAGUUGAAAGUCUUCUAGCAGCUGAUCAUCGGUUUAUGCUUUUGUUUUCUGAACGGAAAAAAUAUAAUUUAAAAAUCACGAA